ACCUGCAGUCUUUGCACUGAUUUUCCCAUCCAGACCGAGCGCUGCCUCGCCACCUUGACCAGCAGCCCAUCCUCGCCUUGCUCACUGCCGCUGUCAUUGUAGGAGCCUACCUGCUAUACUUGCAUUACUUUUCCUGUUGCUGCCUCGCCACCUCGACUGCCCACUCAUCCUUCUGUCAUCAGUGUGGCUUCCCCCAUAAUAUUUAUACCUCCAUGCCUCGCGCCUCAGGCCACAUCAAGAUCACUGGACUGUCGAAGUCCAUAAUCUCACACAGCUUCAGAGGAUGCCAACGACAAUCACGAAUUCUUACAGCUGGAAAACAACGCCAGCGCAAGGAUGCAGCUGAUGCACUCUGCCAAGCUAAAAUUCGAGAGAUGUCGGCAGAAGAUCAGGAUGUAGUUGAGAGUAUGAUUGCUGACCAUGGUAUGGACGUCGAGACACUACCCUACACAGCACCUCCGGGAGACGAGGGCUUUUGUUUAAGCCAUGGGGGCCGUGAACACGAGGCGUUCGAAGGACUGGCGCAUGGGACCCAUGGCCGGUUCAGCGAUAAUUCUGAUGCCACGUCUACAGACAAGUUGUCUGACGUUGUAGCUCCUUCGCUACCGGCUGAAGAAGAAAUUGCACCUGUGAAACGUCGCCCUUCACUGCCAGCUCAAGAAUGCGCGCCAGUUAAGUGUCAACGUGCUUCAAAGAGGGUCCAGAAAGGGAGGAAAAGAAAAUAGUCGUUGGCUAGUGUGUGUCCUUAAUGUAGAACACUGACGCGUCAGUGGCCGCGUCAAGGCUCGUCAGUGCCGCGUUAGUGCCAAGAAAAUAGUCAUUAGCUGAUGACUAGCUAGUAGUAUAUGUGCUUAUGGUGAAUAAAAUCAACGAAGGAAUGAUCAUGAACCCAUACAACUUGAUGUGGG